UAGGGGUUCAGAGCGAAGGAAGACUAGGUGCAGCAAAAGGAAUGCUACUGACCUAUCACAAGACGCUCGAAAUGGGCGUGGCCCGGCCUAGGGGGCGGGGCUCUACCGUGAGACCCAAGCCCAGGGUGUGUCCUAACCGGAAGUCUGGGGUCUGUGGGUGGUGGCUUAAGAAGAAGCGGGCAUUGUGGACGCAGGCGCACCAGGCUCCGUUCACCCACCGGAAGCGGCCUAGGGCGUCCCCCUCCCCUGUCUUUUGCCGGCGUAAUUUCCCUUCCCCGUUUCCCCGCCGCCAUCCUCCACGCCGACGCUUCGGGGGAAACCGGCGCUACUUCCGCUUCCGGGCAGGAGGCGCGGGGCUGGUGGGGAGUUGGGGGGGGUAAGGGGCGGCACUUCCGGUUGGGCCCUCGGGUCUCCCCGGAGCGGCGGCACCUCCUCCGCCUCCUCAGCCUCCUCCCGGCGGAGACCCCCAGCGCCGGGUCUCCCUUCUCUCCACCGACAAGAGAUGGAGGCAAACCAGGCAGGCAGCGGUGCCGGGGGUGGCGGGAGCAGCGGCAUCGGGGGCGAGGACGGGGUCCACUUCCAGAGUUACCCCUUUGACUUCCUGGAGUUCCUCAACCACCAGCGCUUUGAGCCCAUGGAGCUAUAUGGGGAACACGCCAAGGCAGUGGCGGCCCUGCCCUGCACCCCGGGGCCCCCGCCCCAGCCCCCGCCCCAGCCUCCUCCGCCCCAGUAUGACUACCCACCCCAGUCCAGUUUCAAACCCAAGGCGGAGGCUCCUUCCUCAUCCUCAUCAUCAUCUUCCUCCUCAUCUUCCUCAUCUUCGUCUUCCUCAUCCUCUUCCCAAGCCAAGAAGCUGGAUCCACCAUUGCCACCGACCUUCGGGGCGCCGCCCCCUCCGCUCUUUGAUGCUGCCUUCCCAGCUCCGCAAUGGGGAAUUGUCGACCUCUCUGGACACCAGCACCUGUUCGGGAACCUGAAACGAGGCGGGCCCACGCCUGGGCCUGGAGUAGCAUCAGGACUGGGCACUCCCACCGGGACCCCAGGGCCCCUGCCCACACCCACGCAGACCCCGCCUGGGCCCACGGUAGGGGCGGCCUGCGACCCAGCCAAGGACGACAAAGGCUAUUUCCGAAGGCUGAAGUAUCUGAUGGAGCGGCGCUUCCCGUGCGGCGUUUGCCAGAAGUCCUUCAAGCAAUCCUCACAUCUGGUCCAGCACAUGCUAGUGCACUCCGGUGAGCGGCCAUACGAAUGUGGCGUCUGUGGCCGCACCUAUAACCAUGUCUCCAGUCUCAUUCGCCACCGACGCUGCCACAAGGACGUGCCACCAACAGCGGGUGGUACGCCUCAGCCUGGGCCGCCACUUCCUUCACUGGGCCUUCCAGUACCCACAGCCAGUGCCACGGCCACCUCUGCUCCUGCCACAGUGUCCUCGGGCCCCUCCACCACACCUGCACCGCCUGCCACUUCCUCUGAUGGGAACAGUACCACCCCUGCUGCCCCACCCGGUGUGGCUAUGCCUCCCCCCGCCACUACUGGUGGGGAGGGCCCGUUUGCCUGUUCCCUCUGCUGGAAGGUCUUCAAGAAGCCCAGCCACCUGCACCAGCACCAGAUCAUCCACACCGGGGAGAAACCCUUCUCCUGCUCAGUGUGCAGCAAAAGCUUCAACAGGAGGGAGAGCCUCAAGCGGCAUGUGAAAACUCACUCGGCCGACCUGCUGCGCCUGCCUUGUGGCAUCUGUGGAAAAGCCUUCCGCGAUGCUUCCUACCUCCUCAAGCACCAGGCGGCCCACGCAGGAGCUGGGACCCCGCGGCCGGUGUACCCCUGUGACUUGUGCGGGAAGACAUACUCAGCGCCGCAGAGCCUGCUGCGACACAAAGCUGCCCACGCACCACCCGUCGCCGCCGAGCCAGCCAAGGAUGGGGCGGCCUCCGUCCCCCAGCCACCUCCCACCUUCCCCCCUGGCCCCUACCUCCUGCCCGCGGACCCGACCACUACCGAUGAGAAAGCGACGGCGGCCGCUGCGGCUGUGGUGUAUGGGGCGGUGCCUGUUCCACUUCUCAGCGCGCAUCCGCUGCUGCUCGGAGGUGCGGGGAGCGGCGGCGCUGGCGGUCCGGGUGCGGGCGGCCCCGGCAAGACGUUCUGCUGUGGCAUCUGUGGACGCGCGUUUGGGCGCCGAGAGACCCUGAAGCGCCACGAGCGCAUCCACACCGGCGAGAAGCCCCAUCAGUGCCCGGUGUGCGGGAAGCGCUUCCGCGAGUCCUUCCACCUGAGCAAGCACCACGUGGUGCACACUCGGGAGCGGCCCUACAAGUGCGAGCUGUGCGGCAAGGUCUUUGGUUAUCCGCAGAGCCUCACGCGCCACCGCCAGGUGCACCGGCUCCAGCUGCCCUGCGCUCUGGCCGGAGCCACAGGCCUCGCCACCGGCCAGGGGACCACUGGGGCCUGUGGACCCGGGGCUGCAGGCUCUUCAGGCGGGCCUGACGGCCUGAGCUACGCCUGCUCAGACUGCGGGGAACACUUCCCGGAUCUCUUCCACGUCAUGAGCCACAAGGAAGCCCACAUGUCAGAGAAGCCCUACGGCUGUGACGCCUGUGGCAAGACCUUCGGCUUCAUCGAGAACCUCAUGUGGCACAAGCUGGUCCACCAGGCUGCCCCGGAGCGCCUUCUCGCGCCAACACCCAGUGGCCCCCAGUCCUCUGAUGGCUCCAGCGGCGGCGGCAGCAGCGGCACCGAUGCAUCCAGCGUGCUGGACAACGGGCUGGCUGGAGAGGUUGAGUGAGGCUUUGCCAUGUCCCGGGCAUUAGCCUAUGAAUUGGGCAAGUGGAGAGGAGUGAAACAGGGAAGUCGCACUCUCAGAAACUGAUUUGAGAUUCCGAGCCUCCCCUCCAUGCUGCUCUCAGCCACCAUGACCGGAAGCCUCCUGUCUGCCAAGUCCUGACCCGGGCACUAGGGAAACUGAUGAAUUGAUUGGACAUGACAUGCACACCCCGUAGGCUGGGAGAGCAUACCUUUGGACCGUGUCACAGUCUGCAGACUCACUUGAGACAGGGCCUCAUGUAGUCUAGGCUGGCUGUGGACUUGCUUUUGUUCUCUGUCCCACACUUACUCCCUGAUUCUCGGGCCACCGAAGAUGAUCUCAGUAGGCCUCCAGACUCUCCCACCCCAGGCCCUGGUCCAUGGAUGUGGGUGCGCUGGUGCUUGCGAAAGUUGGAGGAGUUAUUAAAGGUGCGG